AUGUGAGCGGAGCAUGUGGUGUUUAUUUAUGUAACAGAAAAGGAAAUAUCUACAUUUAAAUAGUAUUUUAUUUACAGUGAAUAAGUUAUGGAAACAGAAAAUAUCAAUGUGGACGAAUUUCUACCGCCAAAAAAUGCGGUGAAGUUAAAAAAUAUUAAAAGAAGAGCGGUGUCUGAAUCUGGCGAUGGAAUGGAAAUAGAAGAACAUAAUGGCAUUCAAGGGAAAGUUAAACACUCACGCUCUAGACCCAAGAAAGUUAAAAAGAACACCGAACCGAAUGAAGCUAAAGUGAACAUGAGAAAAGUGGCAGUGCCAGCACACAGAUAUACACCUUUAAAAGAAAACUGGCUGAAAAUAUUCACACCCAUUGUGGAACAUCUACUGCUACAGGUCAGAUUCAACACAAAGACUCGGAAUGUAGAGAUUAAAGUUGGCCCUGAGACAAAAGAUAUUGCCAAUUUACAGAAAGCAGCAGAUUUCGUAAAGGCUUUCAUCUAUGGUUUUGAUGUUGAAGACGCCUUGGCCUUACUCAGACUUGAUGACUUGUUUGUAGAAUCAUUUGAAAUAAAGGAUGUAAAAAAUUUACAAGGUGAUCAUAUGGGUCGUGCUAUUGGUCGACUUGCAGGCAAAGCUGGAAGAACGAAAUUCACAAUAGAGAAUGUUACAAAGACUAGAAUAGUCUUGGCAGACUCGAAGAUUCAUAUCCUAGGCAGUUAUCAAAAUAUUGCAUUGGCAAGGAGAGCUAUAUGUAACCUUAUUAUGGGAUCACCACCUUCUAAAGUCUAUGGUAACUUAAGAAAUGUCGCCAACAGAGUAGCAGAAAGGUUCUAGUUAUACAAUAAAUAUAUUUAUGUUUCAAUAAUAAU